AAUAUAUUUAUUUAUAACAAAUAACAAAAAGCAAUUGUCAACAUCGCCAAAAUCACGCACAGGCGCUCUUAGUGUGACUGUCAAAUCGAAAAAAUUAAAAACAAUAUGGCUGAGAAUGUAGUGAAUAAAUGCAUAUUCUUAAUUUUUUAGCUUACAAAUGUGUUUUAAUAAUAUUUGUUACUUUAAUUAGGUUAGUGCACACUUAUAGAAGAUUAAAAAGUGUAAAAAUAUUAUGGUUUUACUUAAUCUUUAUGGAAAAAGUGACAAAAUUACUGGACCUUAUAUCGACCGUAGCCCAUCCCCUCUCUACCUGCGUAAAAUGUGCAUGUGCAACCCUUACCAAAAGCCUUUCCAACUUCUGUCUCUAUGGCAACGGCAACUGGCAGUCAUCGAGAUGGCAUCUAUCUCGAUGGUGGCAACACCUAGUCUAAGCUGGCAACAUUGGUUUGAUCUUUGAUGUGACAUGUGACGUUCUAUGCAUGUGACAUAUGACAUAAUACUUUUUGAAAUCAAAACAUAACCUUUUCCAUUCAUCAUCAAAAAAUAUUAAAUUAUUUCUAACAAUGUUAUGAUAAAAUGUGGUAUAGUGCAAUUUUUCGUUUUCUACGAAGAAGACUAAUUCUAGGCCUCAUAUUAUUUUUAUCGUUCAGUUACUGCGUUAUAAGUUACCUAGGAAAAACCGAUUUUCUAAACAAUGAUGAUGUAAUGAUUGUUAAAAGAACUCAACCUUUCAUAUGGAGAAGCUUGCAGCAACAUAAUUCUAGUAGUGAUGACACUAAUUGUAGAAAUUCCGUUCAAGGGAAGGUUUUGAUAGUCGAUGACCGGGGUUAUCUUUGUCUCAUAAGUGAAGUUCUUCAAAAUGGAUGUUGCAAUGAUUUGCUAGCAAGUGUAACUCAAUAUAACUGCGAAACUUGUAAACCGAAUAAUUGUUGUACGAUUUACGAACAUUGCAUUUCUUGUUGUUUACAACCAGAUAAAAAAGAAGUUCUUGAAAAUGUACUGGGUAAAGCUUCUGAAGAGAACAAUGUUCUGUUCGCUUCAGUGGCAGAUCACUUUGAACUUUGUUUAGCUAAGUGUCGUACUAAUUCAGAGAGUGUUCAGCAUGAAAAUUCUUAUAAGGAUCCUAAAGCCAAACAUUGUUUUGGGGAACUAGCUCCAGUCAAUGUAGAUAGUGAAGUUUGAUUAUUGUGAUACAAUUUUUAAUGUUGACUGCACUAAAGUCAAUUGGCUUAAAUUUACACAUUCAAUAACAGUGUUUUUAUAUGACAAGUUUGCAUUAUGGCACUGGAAAAUAGAUAAAAUUGGUGGCUUAAAAAAGCAACUUUUUAAAAAGUAUUGUUUUUUUUUAAUAUCUAAGAUACAUACCUAAUUUAUUGUUAUAACUUAAUGAGGCAAAGCUUUACUAUGUAGUCCUACUC